ACAUUGCCUUUUAUGCUGCUACAUCUAGUAACACUGUAUUACCUGUUAGAGCUUUAGAAACUGCAGUUCAGGCAGGUAUUGAUGAUGGUACAUAUGAUUCGCAUGGUUUCAAUGAAAUGACAGCAGCUCCAUUACUGGCAAAUAAUCCAACAGAAGGAGGAAAUGAAAGAAAAGGAGGAAAUAGCAUAGCAAUAAUAGGAGGAGUGGUUGCCUUUAUCUGUGUUGCCCUAAUGGUAAUCAUUGUCAUAGUGCUCAUAUUGACCAUCAUAAUGAAGAAACGAAGAAAAGAUUUAUCAAGAAAUGCAGGUUACUUGAUGGACAACAAUUUGUACUUGGAUGAUAAUAAAACUUCGAGUGCAACUAAUCCAUGCCAUCAUAGCAAGGAACACGAUGGAAAGGAGGCUCUGUCUCAACACUCUGACACUGUUGCAGUUGAUGCUACCUAUUCUGUCAUUACACCACAAGCAACAACUGUGAUAUGUGAGGAGGGGGAUGGUCGUUAUGAAAACAUGUCAGGUGGACAAGGGAAUGAAAGUGUAUAUGAAACUAUUGCUUCAGAAAUAUAACUUCAUAUAGAGAUCUACACAUACAAUAUUGCUGCAAUAACAUUAAUUUUAAUUUUUGGCUAUAUAAGACUGUAGUUGUUAUAAAAUUUUUAUAGACUUUGUCAUUGAGUCAUGCAGCUAGUGUUAUUACUGUUAUACAUUACAUCUUUAUAUAAUCCUACUAUUAUUCCAUAGUUAGCAUCUAA